AUGCUCGCUCGCCGUCUGCUCCGCGCCGCGUCCGCUCGCUCCAGUCUGCGCAGUGGCGCCGCCGCCCCGCGCAUCCUGCGGCGGCCCGGGCCGCUAUCUGCGUCGUCGUCUCCGCUCACGUUCCGCUCCUUCUCCGUGAUCGUGCACGAGUCGCCGCACCCGGAGGUGGACAUCCCGGACAAGACCAUCUGGGACAUCGUGAGCGACCAGCUGAGCGUCCACGCGGACAAGCCGGCCUUCAUCGACGGCCUCACGCACGAGCGCAUCACGUUCCAGCAGCUGCACGAGCGCGCCAGGAGGCUCGCCAUCGCGCUCGCCAAGGACGGCGUCAAGAAGGGCGACGCCGUGAUCUUGCACUCGUUCAACUGCCUGGACUACCCCACGGCGGUGCUGGCGCUGACGUCGCUGGGCGCCGUGUGCUCCCCCGCGUCGCCCAUGUUCCUGCCCGACGAGCUGGCGGUGCAGAUCAAGGCGGCCAAGGCCAGGUACAUUAUCACGCACAAGGAGCUGGAGAAGACAGCUGUUGAAGCGGCGGAGCUGUGCGGCGUUGAGAAGAAGUUGAUCUAUACUAUGGGACACGGCAAAGAUACGGAGGAAGGACUCUCCAGCAUCGAUGACCUGGUCCAGCAUGACGACCCCUCGUUCCAGUUCGAGAAGAUCGACCCGGAGAGCAACGUGCUCCUGCCGUUCUCCAGCGGAACGACUGGCGUCCCCAAGGGCGUUGCAUUGAGUGCGAAGAACAUUCUGUCAAACGCGUUCCAAGUCGACCACGUCGAGGAUUUGGGCGGAUACUCGCUCGGACUACUGCCGUUCUUCCACAUCUACGGCAUGAUGCUGCUGCACUUGUCGUUGUACCAAGGCGCUGCCAAGGUGGUGCUGCCGCGAUUCGAGCCGGAGACGUUCCUGAACGCGCUGUCCAAGUACAAGAUCCGAGCGGCACACAUUGCCCCGCCUGUUGCACUCUUCCUCGCUCACCACCCCCUGGUUGAGAAAUACGAUAUCUCGUCAACCGAAUUCCUCGUGUCUGGCGGCGCGCCGAUGGGCAAGGAGGUAGAGAAGUUGGUCAAGGACCGACUGAAGGUCACUGUGAAGCAAGCCUACGGAAUGACCGAAGCUUCUCCUGCUGUCAACUACGCUGAAGAUGCGUAUCGCAAGCCGGGAAGUGUUGGUCGCUUGUUGCCGAACACCCAGCUUCGCGUGAAAUGCACAGCCACCGACAAGGAUCUGGGCGUGGGCGAGCACGGCGAGCUGCUGUACAAGGGUCCGCAGGUCAUGUUGGGCUACACGAACAACGCCGAGGCGAACAAGAGCGUGUUCACCGAGGACCGGUUCUUGCGUACCGGUGACAUCGGCUUCAUCGACGAGGACGGCUUCGUGUUCAUCGUCGACCGCGUCAAGGAGCUGAUCAAGUACAAGGGCCACCAGGUGGCGCCGGCCGAGCUGGAGGACGUGCUGAACCACCACCCGCAGAUCUCCGACGCCUGCUGCGUGCGAGGGAAGGACGCGUUUGGCGAGGAGAUCCCCAAGGCCUACGUCGUGCUCAAGGACCCCACGAACGCGGCGGGACUCACGGAGGAGGACGUGAUGGACUUUGUGGCCUCCAAGGUCGCCCCCUUCAAGAAGGUUCGCCAGGUCGAGUUCAUCGACGCGAUCCCCAAGAGCGCCACCGGCAAGAUCCUGCGACGCGAGCUGCAAGUCCACGAGAACCAGCAGCACCAACAGGCCACCGCCGCCUAA